AGGUGACGUUUUAACAAUAACCUUCGAUAAUAAAAUUCGAUUCGUUUGCUUGCUAUUUUUUUGCAAGCUGGAGUUUUCCAUUAGGACUUGUGUUUUAUAGUGGCAUAUAGAGUUAUAUAACUAGGCAUACAGUUUGAGUGAUAGUAUAGUACAAAUUAACGUGAUGGGAAGUCAUCAAAGUCAUGAUAAAGCGGACGGGAGUGGGAGCGGUACGAGUACACCCCGAGGCUCCCAGCGGGGUGCCGGGUCGCGAUCAGGCUCCGGGGGUGACCUGCAGGGGCUGGCCGAGCGACAAGAGAAGCCUCCACUUUCUAUGGUGCCAGUUGAGAAACUAGGAAAAUUAUUGGCACAAAUAUCACAGAAAGAAGAUGGGAUCAACGGAGUCACAGAGAAUUCUUUUAAGAAAUACUUAUUCCCGAUGUACCCGGAGCUGGCACACCACUUCUACAAGUACAUCCACAGAAUCGGCAAGUGCAAGAACAAACACAUACCUCUGUCUACGUUCAGAAUGCAGUGCGAGAAGAUACUCAGCAUGCUAGACGACGCGGUCAUCAUUGAGACAUACGUCAGAAUGUUCAGUAUGGAAACAGACGAGAAUAACAUGACACCAGACGGUCUCAGGAACAUGCUAUACACCAGCUACAAGUUGUCCAUGGACCACUAUCCAGAAGGACCACAAACUUGUCUCAUGAUCAAUCAGACGCUAUCGGCCGUGGUGGACGGCUGCUUCAACAAGAAGGACGUGCACAGCGUCGGCUUCGUGGUGCGCUGGCUCGAGGAGCACUGCCACCGGAUCAUAUUCCCGGUCCACAGGUACUGCGUGCACCUGCUGGCGACGCGGCACCGCGACAUGGAGGCGCACGUGGAGUCGCGCGGCGCGGGCGCGGGGCUGGAGCUGGCCACGCCGGUGCUGGAGCGGGGCGGGGCGGCGCGGGGCUCGGCGCUGCUGCCGGUGUCGGCCGCGUGGCUGCUGGCCGCCGCCGCGCCGCCCCGCUACUCGCGCCCCGCCGCGCCGCCCGCGCCCUCCGCCGGCUGGCUGGUGGCGCGCCUGGUGUGCGCCGUGCCCUCGCACUGGACGCCGCUCUACUCCAGCUCCGACCAGGGCCUGGCCGCCAACAGGUUCCUGCACCACACGCUGGCGUACCGCGGCCCCACCGUGGUGCUGGCGCGCGGCGGGCCGCUGCUGGUGGCGCUGUGCUGCCCCGCGGAGUGGCGCGACUCGCACUGCUACUGGGGGGACGCCGACUGCGCGCUGCUGCAGCUGCUGCCCACGUUCUCGCUGAUAGAGCGCGCGCCGAAGAUGAUAUACCUGAACACGUCGAUCCGCGGCUACCCCAAGGGCCUGCGCGCCGGCUCCGACCCGCGCCGCCCCGCGCUCGCCAUCGCAGAGGGCUUCGACUCCUUCACCUUCAACGGCGCGCCCUACUCGCUCGACAGCAUCGAGGUGUGGGGCUGCGGGGACCAGGCAUCGAGGGAAACCCAACUGGAGAUCAAAAAGUGGCAAAUACGGGAAGCAGAAAAACAAAGACAAGUGAAGCUGUCGGCGGCGGACUGGAUGGAGCACCCGGACCGCUACCUGCUGGAGCUGGCGGGCCGCCCGCAGUACAACAACUCCGCCAGCUAGGCCGCGCCCCCUGCGGCUCCAACUGGGAACCGUUGCCGCGCCGACGAACGAAACUAAAAUAAAGACUGGAACGUGUAACCGGAUACAGCCGAGCGGUAGCCCGAGUAUCUGUAAGGAUCUUAAAACUUAAUAAUUUAUUAGGUUGGCAACACGCGGCUGUAAUAUAGUCUGUGGCGAUAGACCCCGAAAAAUGAUAAUUCCGCUAAUGAAUCUGCCAAAUGCACCCUUAUGUGCCGCGGCGCUCCCGGGGGCCACGCACGCACGCUACUCGACGUGAACUCCGGGCUGUGUCUGUCUGCACGUUACAAAGCAAAACAGUUUGUGGUCAAAAGUGUAAGAAUAAUACUGCAAAUUAUACAUACGAUCUCGAUAUUGUCCGGACACCGACCUCCCCGCGCUACGACUGCGGUGCCACCGUCCAUCACUCGGAGACUGUGAGUCAGGUCGGACAGUCACCAUUGCGCGCUAACUAGGGGCUGACUUCGGAGUAGGACAGCCAGCCUUGUUAUUAACAAACACCCCACACACAAGACGCAAAAUAAAGACGUUAAACCUGAUUGUUACAAUUUUCAUCGAAAAUUCUCUACACAUCUUAUAAUAUAAAAAUAAAAUUAAGUAAGCUCUCGUCAGCUGUGUGCGUAAUGUGAAGUGUGUGAACUGAUAUUGCGAAUGUUAUUGUAAGGAAUGAUAUAGGUGACAAAUGUGUAACUUGUCAGGGCCGUUUUGUACUGUGACGUCACGAUACGGGCCCGUCGUCGCUCCGUGUGCAUAGCUGCUACUGUUGAUCAAUGGACCAAAUUAGAUUUAAUAAGAUUAUAAUAUUUAGUAUAGAAGUAUUAAGGUAAAUUGUAAAUUUUUAUUUUUGGCAUUUUCUUUUGGAAUCCUUCGUUUCAUGUGUAUGGUUUUUUUUUUUCUAUUUUAAGUGUCUAAUCUCAAAAUUAUAAUCUCCUAAACUGGCAUUUUAUUUUUUUUAAUACCAUGGCAAUACCCUUCUAAGAUAGAUAUUUUAAAACGCCUACAAAAUUGUAAAAGGUACACAUAGUACACAACCGGUGACGCUAAGUGCUUCCCGAAAUAGGAGGCAAGUUGCGGGUUAUUUAUAAUAUUAAAGCGGUUUGUUGUGUCACUUUUAGAACAAGUAAAGUGCCAAAAGUUAACAGAAAAUAGUUUUAAACGGAAGUAUUACAAAAAAUUCAAUAGAUCAAAAAAUAAUAAGAAUACAAUGAAUUGCAAGGUAACUAUAUUUCGGUGGCUUUGGCCGGAUUAUUGGCCGACUGUUUGUUUCGUUGUUACGCACAGUAGGUAACUAACUAUCAAGUAACUAUUCAUUUUGAAACUGCUAUUAUUAAUAAUUUAUCUUUUUCGUGUUUAUUUUUUUUGUGAAUGAGAAAUGUAGUUUAUUUAAUAUUGUGUAGAUGUUCCUUGUGAUGCGUAACUGAUUUUGAAUGGCCUUGACUUAAUAGGUGCUACUGUUUGCUUUACAAAAAUAUUAUAUUUUGUGAAAAUAAAGAAAUAAAUUUGAGGAAA